AUGGCGCCAGUGUUAUCACAUUGGAUUGAUGCAGGCAGCAAUGGGAUAAUUCGAAAAACUGGGAACACAUUGGUUCAUAUAGAUUCCAAAGCAGACUUUGAUAUACCCUCUCUGUUUCCUGGUCACUCACAUUUUAAAUGGCCUUCACAAAACCAAAUGGAUUCUAUGAAUCGCAGCAGAAAUACUUUCAUAAUGUCUGCACUUAUUUCUGGUCUCUACAAUCAUUCUAUAUGGGUGUGGCCAAAAUGGGACACAAAGAACCAUAUAAAAACCCACAGCAUUGUCUUUGUAUAUUUUGGAAGGGCAACAAGAGAUUAUGCUAAGAAACUUCCAGGAAAGACAUCAGCCAUCUGCUUUUGUAUUAGUUAUUCAAAGAGAGGUGUAAAAACUUGCUUUGCACAACAUGGAAACAAAUCACCAUUCACAGAGAAAUCUAUUCCUCACACUCAAUGUCAUAUUAAACGUUAUGCCAAAAUCGAGAAGAUUCGUGAAGACUUAGCUUUGCAGUCACUACAGAAUGGCAAGCUGAUUCAAAAAGAAGAGAAUGUUAUACUAGACAUUGAUGAAGAAUAUAUCGGUUAUGAACUCUCUUUUGCUCCACUUCUUGCUACAGGUUUGACUGUAGCUAAUAUAACAUCUAUAAACAGAGAAGUUCAGCGAAUAAUAUGCCCAAAAGUAAUGAAAGAUGAAACAAAAGCAGACAAUGUUUUGUCUAAGAUAAUCUUUGAAAUUUCCAAACGACGACGGCAUUUUUGUAUGAAAAAGAAGCCAGAAAAUUGUUCCAAAUUUCCCAUGAGCCACAAUUUCUCAUCUGUUAUACAUAUGUUUACUAAACCUUUGUCAUCACUGUCUCCUGCCCUGUCUUGUAAGAAAAAAGUUGCUACAAAGUAUUUAGAAAAAUUUGCUGUAAAGUUAGCAUCAUUGAAAGAGAAACAGUUACUCGCCAUACGUGAAGUUGGCUUUUGUUUUACUCCACUUCCUAAGCCACUGAAUUGGGAAUACCACUUUCAGCUUUGUCUUGGUGGGAGUAUUUUGAAUAACAGUAUUCGGCAUCUUCAUUCAUUACAACAACAGGAAGUCUUUUCCCGUAUUGAAUUCUUUAAGAAAUUCAUGUCUGAAGCUAAGUUUCGACCAAGAUUAAUAACUCUGGCCAGGUCUCUUCGGAGUGGCUUUACACCUCGUAAAUAUUUUCGUAAAAUUGAGCGAGAAAUUCUCAGCAGUUUUCAUGUUUUUCACUCUAAACUACAUGUUCACUAUGACAGUAGUUUACUUGGUGGCAAGUUUGGUUGGCCUAAACGUCAUUGACAAACUGUAACAGUCCGCCUUCAUUAAAAAGUUUGACAGAAUGACAUGUAGCAGUCAUGUAUGAAUGUAUUCAUGAUUUAAUUUUGUUUUUGUUUGGAAAAUUUAGUUUAGUUUAUGAUUUGGGUUUUCCAUAGUUAAUUAAUUUAUCAUUUGAUACCACUUUUUAAAAGUUUUUUUUUGUUGCAGAAAUGCUUUUAACAUUUUUUUAAAAACAAAUUAAUUAACAGCAAACAUCAUUCACUAAUGAUUAGACAAAACAUCUCAAUAGUUUUCCAAAUUAAUAACCUCUCUUCCUUUGAUCUCCCUAGCCAUUACAUGACGGAUAAAUUUACAGUUAUUCACAUUGUAGCCACGUCAACUGACAAUGUGUGCACUGUCUUACUCUUCAUUUCAAAUAAGUUCACUUUGUAUAUAAUAGUUGAAUGACAUUGGUUGCUGAAGUCAUGGUCAUGACUUGUUUUUAAUUACUUAUCAUUGAUAUUAUAAAUUAAAAUAAUUUUUCUUUUCAAAAGCUUAUGUAAAUAUAUAUUCUGCUUCUACAUUUACCAAGGUAUGGUAAAUAAAUCUCAUUUUCCCUAUCUCUUGUUUGUAAGAGCAUAAAUUAUAUUACAUAAAUGAACUGAUAUAGCAAAAAACCAGGUUAAAAUUGUGUGUUACUAGGUUUCUUACCUUUUAUUCCCCAAUCCUUGCGAACAUAUUGAAAUAUUUAUUUAAUUUUUUUUUUAUUAUAUAUGUAAGUUUUGUUGAGACAUUUUUUCUGUUCUAUACUAAAAUAUUUUUAGUGUACAUAAAAACUUAAUUCCAACUUACUAUCACAACUACUAAUAAUAAUACUAACAACAAUAUUUCAUCUCAUAUUAACAACGAAAAUCCUUAUAUUUCCAUUGUAAAUAUUCAUUUGUUAAUUUCCAUAUUUAAUAAACCUUCAAAAAUCUGUACAUUUUAAAACUUUCAAUGGUGUAUCUUUGGCAGUUGAAGUAUUGUUUCAUUACUUCUUUCUUUUCUUAAAUAUCUGACUGGGUGUGUAUAUAUUAUAUAUAUAUAAACUUCUCAUACAAGAAUGUUGUUGACAGUGAUUUCGAAGUUUCAGCCAGUUAUGCCAUCAUUGGACUUAGAUGGCUCAAACUUCAAAGUCACUGUCAACAACAUUCUUUUAUAAGAGUAAUAAAUUUGUACUCUACAAAAGUAUAGAGUAACCCAUCAGAUUAAUGUCAAAUUGUUUUUAUUAUAACUGAACAUAAAGCAAACAUUAAUAUA